AUGGGAGGCUAAGAAUACGGCAUGCUUUUUUUAUCUUCAGAUUUCAUCCAUUUGUGAAGCACUGUUGAAAAGUAAGCUCAAUGAGAUGGCUGGAGUUUGCAAGAGACUUGGUGAUGAAAGUGCCGCAAAAAGCUCGGUCAUCGAAUAGAUGUUAGAAAGAAUUGGUUUGCUAGAGAAUAAAGUUGGAGGACUCCAAAGACAAUUAUCUGCAUAUAUUCCAGCUAUAAGCUCUUUAAAAGAUGAUUUUGCAUCUCUGGAACACAUUUCCUUUCUCUGGACCAAUAAAGCUUAUGCUGUAGGCAAUAGAGAAGAACAGAAGGAUGUAGAUAUAGUAGUUGAGACUUGUCUCCAAGAAGAUACCAAUGAAAUUUUAAGAGAUAAAAAAGGUGAAUUGAUCCCAGUUGGGGUUUCAGAUUUGCUUAGCAUGCAGAGGAGGAUUAGAGCAGUUGAAAAGGCAAUUAUGGAAGAAAUUGUAAGACGUGUCAAGAAGGAUUGCAAUUUAAAAGUCAUCAUAGCUAAAUGUUUUCUUUUGUUUUGAAUAUU